AUGAGCUUUUGGGUCGACCCAGUAUUUGCCGGUUCGCAUGCGAACAACCCAAGUGUGCCAGCUUCGGAUUCUCUCUCCAACGUCAAGCAGUCUGUCGGUAAAGUCGAUCUGACAAGUGACCAGCUGAAACUCUACGAGGAAGAGCCACCAAAGUUUACCAGCUGGGAUGGCUUCUGGGCAGAUCCGGUCUUUGCAGGCGUUGCUGGCAGACGACAACCUAUCCCUCCUGGCGAAAAGCGAGAGUUCUGGAAAUACGAGGUAGAUGACUCGGUCUCUCUAAGCUCAUUGUUUCCAGAACUCUCUUCGACGGCCUUUGGUUCAGUCUCAUUUCGAAAGUCUGCGAUUGAAUGGUGGUCCAAGCCUAUCGUUGACCAGCCAGCGGGCCUCUACCUGCGGACGGAAGUCGAGCUCAAUGGUCUUCUUGACGAAGUCUUCCAUGUCUUCAAAGAAUUCCUUGGAGAUGUGGCCAAGCCCUCACUGAGACUUUCAGCAUAUCUUGGAGUUUCUCAAAUACCGGACGGCACAUACGCCGCUGAUGGCUUAUCGUUCACGGGUUCGCUGCUUGGGCUGCGGACUCCCAUGCCACCAGGUCUUGAGAUAGUCACCAUCCUAUCGGUGGGCAUAAAGCUCAACGUAGGGCGCACCAAUUCGAUGCCAGAGAUCGAAUCACCCACAGCACCAGCCAAAUCGCAAGAUCUCAGCUGCACCAUCUUUGGAGACCUCCAUGUCAUGAUCCCGGGCCUGACCGGUCCACUGCUUCUCGAGUACAAAGCUACCAUCAAUGAGGCCUUCCUUCGACUUGAUAUGAGCAUACCGGGCGAUGGCAAGUGGAGAAACCCUUUGGGCGUGGAAUCGUUGUUGUUGGAUGAAGCCAAAUUCUUGGUUCACAUUCCCUUGCAAAGGGCCGCUGGUGCCGCUAAGCCAGGGGAGGCUGGUGGCCCGGCUGCCCCUAAGUCCCAAGCGAUUCCCUCAGCACCAACAGAGGCAGAACUCGCUGCGUCUCUAUCAUUCACUGUUUCAGCAAAGUGGAAGACUUCUAGCAGUGGUACUGUGGUUUUACAGGGUGUGGUAUACAAGCAGUAUCCAGAUGCAUCGUAUGUUCAAGGCACUUUGGACAAGGUGACAUGGAGCGACAUCGAGAAGCUUUUCUCUGACAUCCAUGGGCAAGACCUGGAACCCUCGGAUCACGACAUUACCUGCGAAAAGCUGACCGUCAGAAUAUCCAAGGCACAGCUUCUACUGACUGGUGCUCUCACACUCAAUCGACGACAUUUAGCCCAAGCCACAAUUGCAAUCACCUCAGCUGGCAUUGUGGUUCGAGCUGACGUUCAUGAGUGGCCGAUUGAGGAUGGAUACAUCACCAUCAACGACGCGUCUCUGACUCUCAUGGUCGGCUGUGGCACAAGCGCAGUACCUGCUGGACAGAAGGUCAAGGAAACUUCAGCGGCGACCCAGAAGAGCUGGUAUGGUGGGCUCGAGGUGGCCGGUCGGAUCACCAUACGGGAAGGGGUCUCGAAGCCAAUCGACAUUCAAGUGACUCUUGCCGCUGGCAAACAGGACAAGGAAUGGUUUUGGGUAGUUUGUGGGAGCAUGGACUCCGACCUCUCACUGCGAGACAUAAUCUCCUCGAUCGAGGAGAAGUCAGAGCUCGAUGUCAGAUUGAAAUCGGUAUCCCUUGUUGCUGCGAGCACGAAUGACCCCAAGUGCAGCCUGAGCUCGAACGGCUACGUCAUUAAGCAAGGAUUCUAUUUGUGGGCAACGCUAGAACAGAUUCCUUACGUCCAAACUGGCGGAGCAGUCAAGGCGCCAGCAGCAGGUGAUUCAACGCAGCUCGCCAUCGGCUGGGAGAAAGGCUCCAAAGUCCCCAAUAUCUCGAUUUUCUUGCCUCCAUCUUUGAAGGUUGGCGGUCUGAGUCUGCGCUUUGUGGGAGGCUUUCAAGUCUGCCUCGAAGAUGAAGGCGAAUGGCUCCGAUUUCAACUCGGAGCAAAUGUUAGCCCGACAGAAGUGUCUGGAGAAUUGAUCUUCACCGGACAUAUCAACAAUCCGUUCGGGCUGAGCAAGGAAAUCACUAUCGGACCAAAGCUGGCCGUGGGCCUUUCUUUCAACUGGGUUCAGCUGACGACCACUGGCCUCCUUCAGGGAGCUGGUAUCCUGGGGUCCUUCUAUCUUGGCGAGCUUGUCCCUGAGAAUGCCUACGGAAUGGCUCUUUACGUCUGCGAGAAUCCCAAGGAUAUGCUGAUCAAGGUCAGCGCUCCGUCCAUGGACUAUUUCAAGCUGGUCCAAUUCGUGGCUGCAGUCAUGGACAAGGAGAUUCCGAAGGUGGACAUGAAGGUCCUGGAGUUCAGGGACGUCCUGAUCUAUGCCAGCCUAGGGGUAUCCUUCGCAGGCGACUACUAUCCUCCAGGCUUCCGCUUCAAGGGCACGAUAAUAGCGUUCGACCACGAAGCCGACAUGGACUGCUCGCUGACCUUUGAAGGCUUCCAUCUCAAAGCCUGGCUUCAGACUUUCGAGCUUGGGCCCCUUAAAAUCGGCGGCAACGUCACCCUGGCCGACAAGCCUGGUCUCACCUUUGCAGUUUUGGAGAUGGACAUCAACCUGCAAAAACAGAGAUUCUUCCUUAGCGGCUACAUUGAGAUUUCGGUGCUGAACCUGAGGGCGUCUAUCGAUCUGCACAUGCAGCUCUUGCCGACGCCAAUCUUCUACUUUGACUUCCAGUUUCAGUGGAGCGACCUCUUGAAAAUCAAGGCAAAAGCAGAGAUGGUCAGCAAGACUCAGGAAAAGAGUUUGACCAGGAAGCUCACCAGUGCAGACUGGUCAAUCGACGUGGAGAUCGAGCAACACAUCAUUCAGGAUAUGGUGCAGACCUUGCAGAAAGCCCUGAAGGAGUUACACGAGGCAGUCGAGUUGAAGAUCAAUCAAGCACAGCACACAGUCGCCGACGCCGAAGCUAAAUACAAAGCCGAGAUUGAGGCAGCACAGAAAAAUCUAGAAGCCAAGCGCCUGGUAUACAAGCAGAAGAACGACGCCUUGGACGCUGAGAUUGCAGCGUUGGAUCAUGCCAGCUCAGCUAAGAAAGCCGCCAUGCAGAAAGAUAUCGAGGAGGCAAAGAUUCAAGAAACACACAAGGUGCACGAUGCUCGUUUAGAACGAGACAGGAAGCUUGAUGAAAAAAAGAAUCAGGUGAGGGCAGACGAGAGUAACCUACAGAGCAAAGAAGCAAACGGCCGGAACGACGAGAACAAUGCACUAUCUGAGAGGGAACGCAAGAAGCAGGACUUCAUGGCCAAGUUUGGCGAUGCCGAGGAUGCUAUCCGGCGAGCUCGCAAUGAUGUCAGCAGGGCGAACGAGUCGGUCAACUCCAUUGGCCGAGACAUCGACAAUCUGACUUGGCAGCUUAACAACCUCGAUUGGAAGAGCUGCUGGCGCGGCCCGGACUUGAGCAUACAAAUCGCUGCUCAUGGCGUCGCAUUGGGUACUGCCAAAGCCGUACUGGCUGUUGCAGAGGGUGCACUGAACCUUGCAUUGGCAACGAUGGACUUGCCACUCUUUAAAGAUCUCAAAGACGCUUGGCUUCGGGCUAGCGACGUCUUCGAUAGAGUCAAGGGGAUGGUUGCCAACGCGAUCCAGCAGGCUCGCGACCAGUUUGAAAACGCCAGGAAACUGCUCUCUGUUGCUGAACUCGCUCUCCAGGGAGAAUUCGAAGCGGCCGAAAAGGUAGCCAAAGCCAUCGUCGACAACGCCCAACGCCUGUACGACCAGUACGCAGAAACCCAGCGCCUCGAAGCCCAGAAGUUGCAGCUGGAGCUGGAGACACUCAAGAACAGCGUCGACAGCGCUGCCGUCACGGCGGCGGAAGGUGCCCUCGAAAUAGCAAAGAACAACAAUAUCGCCUUCAAAGCAGCUCAGGCGGGUCUCGAAGCUGUCAAGUCAGUCGAAGGAGCGGUCUAUGUCACCCUUAAUGAGAUGAUUUGUAGCGUGGGUUCGCUCUGCAAUAUUAGAGUUGCCCGGCUGAAGGGGACACUCACUGCCAGGCGGGAGGAUCAGAAGCCUUUCAACAUCCACCUGGAAGGUGUGCUGGUCAAGAAGAACUUCGUCCUCGAUCUGGCAUACACGCCUGGGGAGACGGGAGCGUUCUUGAAGAGCCUGGCAUCGGCAGCAAUUGAGCAAUUGAAGUAG